CCCAGCGUAAUGGGCUCCGCCUUCCUGACACAAGCAGGAUCAAGUCGUGAGAACCCGCGUGCCUUUCAUGCUUCUAGAAUGACAUCCGUCUCCCCCAGGGCUCAACAUCAGAAGCCGGGAUCGUCCUUACAGCCCGCCGACACGUUUGCGUGAUCCUCGUUCCAUCCGUACCGGUAGAUCACCGGCAGCUAAUGCUGUCGAGCAGCUCGGCCCUCUUUCCCAUUGCAGCGCAGGUGGAGUGGACAUCCUGCGGGUGCGUGAACUGGGCAUGAUGUGUGGUUAGGAGUGGAUAAACGGAUGCCAUAUCUCAGCUCCCAUCCCCCACACGCGGAGGUGGGUUUCACGCUUCGCAAACUUCGUUUUCGACAAUUUCUUGGGUCUGGUACUUAGUUUGCGUUUGUGAUACCCCUUUGCACGGUUGCGUCGUCGCUCCUUCAUAUUUCCUGCCCCCUCACACGUCACAUCGCAACGGCUGGUCUGUUCUUCUUGGUCUUUCAAUUCUGCUGCUCCGCUGCUCGCAAUCACGGAAUCCUCUCGGUGGCUAGCUGGCUGGCUUAUCAAAUGGCGCGGCCGGAGGACUACGGCCCGACAAUCAACGCGGUAGUCUGGUCCCAGGUUGGACUUUCGGCUCUCUUCUUGGGUCUAAGGGUUUACUGCAAAUUCAAGAAGCGUAGUGGUCUUUGGUGGGACGACUAUGUGCUCAUAGCUUCUUGGGUCACCCUCUUGAUCGCGUCGGCACUCACCUCUGUCAACGUAUCCCUCGGCUUUGGCAAGCAUGUCUACCAGAUCAACCCCGUAAACUUUCCUCCGAUUGGCCUCAAUGGCAACGUCAUCAGCACGAUAUCUAUCACCUCAGCAGUGUGGAGUAAGACGUCUUUCGCGAUGACGCUUCUCCGAAUCGAGGAGAAGGGUUGGACGAGGUAUAUCAUAUGGACGGCCAUCAUCUCCAUGAAUAUCUUAAUGGCUCUGAACGCAAUGGCUGCUUGGGUGCAGUGCUCUCCCAUCCAGAAAUUCUGGCUGCCCCAGACGCCGGGGAAAUGUUGGGAUCCCAAGGUCGCCGCAUAUUAUGGCGUCUUCGCUGCAGCUUACUCCGCUUUGAUGGAUAUCAUGCUCGCGCUGCUGCCCUGGAAGCUGAUUUGGGGGCUUCAAAUGAAAUUACAGGAGAAGAUUGGAGUGGGAAUCGCCAUGAGUAUGGGUCUGCUUGCUGGAGCAACCGCCAUCGUCAAGUGCACAGCUAUUCCUACUCUGCUCUCUGGAGACUUUACAUACGAUGGCAGCGACCUCGUCAUCUGGGGAACCUGCGAGUCGAGCGUUACCAUCAUGGCGGCCUCCAUCCCUGUUCUCCGCGUUCUCAUUCGAGAUGUCGCGAGCACUGCUCGCAAGUACUAUGGCUCCUCCGGCACUCACACCAACGGGUCCCGAUUCGGCCACGGCGGCAGCGGUAUCACUCGAAGUAACACGGUAACGGUAACGACGACAUCAUCUCAAAAGGGCUCGAUUCGGAGAAAGUGGGACAAGCUGGCCGACGACCGGAGCGACAAGAGCAUACUUGAGGUCGAGCCUGAACUGGAAUUCGGCAAGAUCGUCCGGACGAAUGAGAUUGUGGUGCAAUACGACACGAGAAGUGUGAUUGAAGGACAUAAUGGGAGCUAUGAGAUGGGUCGCGUGAACCCAGGGCGCAUGGUUUAAUGCAACGAGGAUGUUGCAAGACGACGUCUUCCAAGGAGGAUGCAGUGAAAUUAUUUGAGAUCCACAACUUGAAUCUAUUGUUGUGUUCUUUCCGACAUAUCAUCGUGACUUCUUAGGUAAACGGGUAAAACAAAAAUUUCUU